AUGGGAUUUGGUUUCAAAACUCCCAAGGUGGUGCAGCAAAGAGGCACGCUGCCUAUUAUGCGCAAAAACCCAUGGCGUAAACUGCAAGCACCACACGCUAAGCAGAAGCUGCCCAGCUUAUCAGCAGGCUCUCAAAGCAAAGGGGAAAUGAAAAUUCUCCAAUUGAAUUUGAACCAUUGCAGAGCGGCCCAGGACUUGCUUGCACAAACGGUGCGAGCCUUAAAAAUAGGCCUGGCCAUCUUGAGCGAGCCAUACGCAAGUAAGCACGAUGGGAUUUGGUUUCAAAACUCCCAGGGUGGUGCAUCAAUUUGGAGCUGCAGCCCGAGACCACUGCAGAUCCAAUGCCGGCAUUCAGGCAGAGGUUUUGUCAGGGCGAAGGUGGGUAGCCUUACCAUCUACUCGUGCUACAUUGCACCCAGUGUCGACUCCCAGACAUUUGGCAGCAUUGUCGACGACAUUCUGGAGGACGCUAGAGGACGACACCCCAUCAUCAUUGCCGGCGAUUUCAACGCCUGGGCAACGGAGUGGGGCAGUCGCCUCACAAACCAUAGAGGCCACAUAUUGUUGGCCCGGUCAGGCCUCACUCUGGCUAACACAGGGACUGCCAACACCUACGAGAAGGCGGGAAUGGGUUCUGUGAUGACAUCACGUUCAUGA